AUGCUCCUGUACGCAGACGACUCAGUCAUUCUUGCUAACACGAUCUUUGAUCUCAAAAGAAAACUCUCUGUAUUAAAUGAUUACUGCUCACGUAACUCUUUCACUGUUAACAUUGAUAAAACCAAGUGUGUAUAUUUCAAAAGAGGCGGCCCGAGGGGGAGGACGAGACUCCUCUAUGGAGACAAUGUGGUUGAAUGGACGGAUAGUUACACGUACUUGGGUGUGCCCUUCACGAGCUCGUCGCUGGGCUUGUCUGCGGCCAGGAUGGCGUCUCAAAAAGCUCAGAUAGCUGCUGGAGCUGUCAUCUCCACACUGGCUAGCAUCGGGGCCGAGUCCUGGGAGGGCACGCUCAGAAUAUACGAUGUUAUAGUAGCCUCUACCCUACUGUAUGCUUCCCAUAUCUGA